GACAUCCACAGGCCGGACCCGUGCACAGCGAACCUCGACGCCGACGACUCAAGAACUCCCAGAGCUAAGCUUCGGUUCCAGCGAUUCCGUGGACCAAGGAACGUUGAGCCUGAGCUGCUGCAUACCCGAGUCUUUGGAGUCAUGGCCCUCUACGGCGCGACGCCCUCCGUUUGCACGAUGGCGUUACUGCUGCUUCUCGGCUUGUCAGCGGUUCCCGGAGGCCAUGGCGAUGAUGCUUUCUUCCGGCGGCGUCUUGUGCCGGAGUCACUGCAGACGCUGCUCGGAGGAGACGGCAGCACCCAAGUCUUGGGCAGACCAGAGUUCUUCAAAUCUCCUCGCGAGGACCAGGCCGAAGCCGUCGCCGACCUGCCGUCACUGAUGGACGAAAGCCAGCUUCAGGACUGCCACAUCGAGGUCCAAGUGACGGAGAGACUUCGUGGCCAUUGCUCUACCUUGGAACUGAUGGGCAAGAACUUCCCGGUGUGCAGAAAGGGCGACCACCUUUCCGUGAACCACCACGAAUGUUCCCACGCCUGAGGAUUCUCUUGAGACUUGUCCACGUUCGCAAACAACGGCUUAAACUCUUCCACACGGACCUCUGUGUCGGCAACAACAACAAUCACGUCGCUCUCCCAAUAAAAAUGGCACGAAUAAAAAAAAAAAUCGGCGUAGCGCGUGAAA